AUGCCUAUCAUCAAAAGAUGGGCCAGCACAAAUGCUGUCGACGCUGAGAAGCUCGUCUUCAGACACGAGUUCCCGGUCAAGCGGUUCUGCAGGAUGGAAAAGCUCCGAGAUGCGCUUGGAGAUAUCUUUGGCUCGGAUGAUUGGGUUGUCGAGUACGAUGGAGAUAAUCUCGUCAUCAAGGUGGGAAGCAGGGUUGAUCUCAGGGAGGAGUUGAAGGCGCGUGGUAUCAUCUACAAGUCUAUGUGUACAGCUCGGGCUGUCUGGUUUUUCCGGUAUUUUGAGUAUGCCCGUUACUGCUGA